AUGCUGCUCGGGCAGCCUUCAAUCUUAGAGGUCAAACGUACCCUGCGACGACUCGAGGUGGACUCAUCCGGUCCCAUCGACAAGGCUUCGUCGGAUCUUAUUGAUGGGAUGUAUGACUUGUGGUUCCCAAGAUGUGCGGGACAUUGCAUUGACCACGCUAGCACGGGUUGCAAUCUGCGAAAGGGUUUUGUCCGUCUCAGAGCUGCGAGAAAAGUCUUGCGGUGGAACACCCCGAAGCGCGAAGCGAGGCACUUCGAUGAAAACGACAUGAUAUCGAUGAAGAAGCUCAAGACACUUUGCAUUGGCCUGAUCGAGGUUGAUGAAAGCUCCCAGACUGUACGGCUGGUCCACUCUACGUUACAAGGAUACAUUCCACGACGGCACCAGGACUCGGUAUCCGAAACACAUUUGCGAAUGGCUAUGGUUGGCUUGGAAUACCCGUCCAUCGAACGCUUCGAUGUCGUUAACGAACACACCAAUGACCGAAACCCCCAUCUCUAA